UAAUGCGGCGUUUCUUGAAUUUAUGCUUCAAAAAUAGAGUCUUUAACAAAACCCCACCACACCUAGAGACAUCGUCGAUAGAUAUAAUGGAGAAGCCACCCACGAGCAAUGCCCACGAAGAAGAUACCCUUUAUCCUCAGGGAUUAGGAGCUAAUAUGGAAGCUCAGCCAUCCACAAGCAAUGCUGAUAUAAUAAGUCUUCCGUCUGAGAGCCCAAAUAACGAACCAAUGGAUUCUCACUACUCAAAUAAUAUAAUAAUCAACCAUGAUUUUUCCGGAGGGCUUCAUUUAUGGCACCCCAAUUCCUGCGAAGCGUUUCUUGUAUCCCAAGAAACUACUCGCCCGAAAGGACUAUCCGAUAACUUAAGCGCCCCGUUCGCCGUUAUUACAAAACGUAAACAACAAUGGCAAGGACUCGAGCAAGACAUCACCGACAGAGUUUCCCCGUUUUCCGUUUACAACAUUUGUGCUUUUGUCGGAAUAUCGAGCGGCGCUUCCGGAAAUCAAGAACAUGUGCUGGCCACUUUGAAACUUGAAUUCGAAGACAAUUCAGUUAGAUAUCUAUUCAUCGGAAGAACUUGUGCUUCGACGGAGCAUUGGGAGAAGGUCGAAGGUACAUUUUCGUUGUCUGCUAUGCCGAGAAGAGUUGUGUUUUAUGUGGAAGGGCCUUCGCCCGGCGUUGAUCUUCUCGUAAAAUCUGUAGUGAUUUCCUGCAUUAGUUUCAGCCAGUGUGAGAGUGAUAAACAAACAUGUGCUUUAUCCGAUGGCGAGGAAAACAUAAUACAAAAUCCAAGAUUUGACGACGGUCUGAAUAAUUGGUCGGGACGAGGUUGCAAGAUUGCAUUGCAUGAUACUAUGUCGGAUGGGAAUAUUCUUCCUGUAUCCGGAAAGUUCUUUGGAUCAACGGAAAAUCGUACAGAUUACUGGAACGGUAUUCAGCAGGAUAUAACGGGACAAGUGAAACGGAAGCUUGCCUACGAUUUUAUUGCCACCGUUCGGAUAUUUGGUAAUAACAUCAGUGCUGCUAAUGUUAAGGCUACCCUUUACAUUCAAACAGCAGAUCUUCGAGAACAGUACAUAGGGGUUGCUAGUGUGCAGGCGACUGACAAAGAUUGGGUGCAGUUGAAAGGAAAAUUUCUCGUAAACGGUUCUCCUUCGAGGGCAGUUAUUUUUCUGGAGGGCCCACCACCGGGCACUGAUAUUCUCCUCGAUAAUUUAGUUGUAAAACAUGCCGCCAAAGCCCCGCCAGCAUCUCCACCAGUCGUCGAGAAUGCUGCUUUCGGGGUCAACGUUAUUGCUAACAGCAACCUCAACGAUGGCACAAACGGUUGGUUCCCGUUAGGAAACUGCAAUCUGAGUGUCGGAAACGGAUCUCCGCAUAUUCUUCCUCCAAUGGCCAAAGAUUCCCUCGGGGCCCACGAGCCUUUAAGCGGUUCCUACAUUCUUGUGACGAAUCGGACACAAACGUGGAUGGGUCCCGCUCAGAUGAUAACCGAGAAACUGAAGCUCUACUUGACGUAUCAAGUUUCUGCAUGGAUACGAGUAGCCAAUCACGCAAGCAAGCCUCAGAAUAUUAAUAUUGCUCUUGGCGUGGACGGUCAAUGGGUCAACGGUGGCCAGAUCGAAUCGAGCGACGACAAGUGGCACGAAGUUGGUGGAUCUUUCAGAAUCGAGAAGCAGCCUACCAAGGUGAUGGUUUAUGUGCAGGGUCCAGAGGCUGGCGUUGAUUUGAUGGUUGCUGGUCUUCAAAUAUUUCCUGUUGACCGACGUGCGAGAUUUCGACAGUUGAAAAAGGAAACCGAUUUGAUACGCAAGCGCGAUGUUAUUUUGAAAUUCUCCUCGUCCGAUUCCGCCACACUCGUCGGCACCUCCGUCAAAAUCCGACAAAUACAAAACACCUUCCCGUUCGGAACAUGCAUUAACCGCUCGAACAUAGACAACGAAGACAUUGUCGAUUUCUUCACGAAGAACUUCAAUUGGUCCGUCUUCGAAAACGAGCUCAAAUGGUACUGGACCGAACCCCAAAAGGGUAACCUCAACUACAAAGACGCCGACGAUUUAUUAAACCUCUGCGCGAACCACAACAUUCAACUCCGCGGCCACUGCAUCUUCUGGGAGGCGGAAUCCUCCGUCCAAUCAUGGAUACGCAAUCUAAACAAGGACGAUUUAACCUCGGCCGUUGAAAAUCGUCUGGCGGGCCUUCUCGCUCGCUACAACGGGAAAUUCAAGCACUACGACGUCAACAACGAAAUGCUCCACGGGUCGUUCUAUCAAGACCGCCUUGGAAAGGACAUCCGGGCCCACAUGUUCAAAACCGCAUAUCAACUGGACCCCACCGCCACUCUCUUCGUGAACGAUUACAACAUCGAGGACGGGUGCGAUGCCAGGUCAUCGCCGGAGAAGUACAUCGAGCACAUUCUCGAUCUCCGGGCGCAGGGUGGUCCGGUUGGUGGAAUAGGUGUACAAGGGCAUAUAAAUAGCCCCGUGGGGCCCGUUGUUCGGUCGGCGCUCGACAAGUUGGGGGUGCUCGGACUUCCGAUAUGGUUCACGGAACUCGACGUCGCGUCGGAUAACGAGUUUGUUCGGGCGGACGAUUUGGAGGUUAUGUUGAGGGAGAGUUUCGCUCAUCCCGCGGUUGAAGGGGUGGUGUUGUGGGGGUUUUGGGAGUUGUUUAUGAGUAGAGAUAACGCGUAUUUGGUGAACGCGGAGGGGGAUUUGAACGAGGCCGGAAAAAGAUACGUUGCUCUUAAGCAGGAGUGGUUGAGCCGCGCGCGUGGGCGAAUAGACGAGCAAGGAAAGUUCGGGUUUAGAGGAUUUUAUGGAGUGUAUGAAGUUGAAGUUGAAGUUGCUAAUGAUGUUUCUAAAGAGAAAAUGGUUAAGGCUUCCUUUGUGGUUGAUAAAGGAGAGGGGCCAAUUGUGAUAUCUAUAAAUUUGUAGGGGUUUAAAAACUAAUUAAAAAAAGAAACAAGGUUGGUGAUGAUUUGGCAAAAUGUAAUGUUUAAUCAAUGUUAUUAUGUUUAAUUGUUGUAUUAUGUGAUGUGUGGUGUGUAAGUGUUGGCAUUUUG